ACUAUCGAUACGUCGGUAGCGCGAGGACGACGUUCGAACGCCGCCGUUUUUCUUACAGUUCGUAAAAGAUUGCAUCAAUAGAAGGAGACGAUCGGAAGAAUUCUGCUCGAAGUGCCGCUUCUCGUCAAACUUUGACGUAUUGUACAUGAACGUAAAUACGUCGCCGCUGCUGCCUUCAAGGGGGUGAUGAAGAGAAGCAGAACGGAGAAGAUAUGGCACUGAACUUUAUCUACAGAAUCCCUAACUUUCGCGUCCCACUACUAAACAAGGAGUCACACGAUGUUAUCAGUAGUAUUGACGAAAAAGUCCACGAUCCUAUGUCGCAGCGCAGACUCGUACUCAUUAUUGUCUGCGUUGCUCUUUUACUCGAUAAUAUGCUGUAUAUGGUCAUUGUCCCAAUUAUUCCGAUUUACUUGGGAGAGAAACAGAAAGAUGUUCAGACAUCGCCAUCACCUCUUUCAACCGCUGCUUUAUCAUUAACUCUUAACUGGACAAGUACACUAAAGCCAGAAAGAAUUAAACCCACCGAUUCACCUCAUAGGGAAGAAUCGAGUAGUGGUGCUAUCGGCCUCCUUUUCGCCUCAAAGGCCAUAAUUCAGCUGUUAGUUAAUCCAUUUUCCGGAACGGUCAUGGAUAGAGUGGGGUAUGAUCUGCCGCUCUUCGUAGGACUAAUGAUUAUGUGCCUAUCAACAACCAUUUUCGCAUUCGGAAGUAGUUAUACAGUCCUGUUCAUUGCUAGAAGUAUGCAGGGUAUCGGUUCAGCCUUUGCUGAUACGGCUGGUAUGGCUAUGAUAGCAGAUAUAUACGUUGAGGAGACAGAAAGAACGAAAGCGCUGGGCAUAUCCCAGGCAUUUAUAAGCUUCGGCUCCUUAUUCGCACCUCCCUUCGGCGGUAUACUCUAUGAUUUUGCUGGUAAAUGUAUACCGUUUAUAGUUCUGGCGCUUGUCGCGUUAAUCGAUGGUUUCCUUAUAUUCCUCGUAAUGAAACCCAAUAGAAGGGAGAGGAAGCAAAUGCAGUCCUCUCUUCCGAAUGCCACACCAAUCUAUAAACUCAUUCUCGACCCUUAUAUAGCAGUUUGCGCCGGUGCACUAGUUAUGGCCAAUGUUUCUUUAGCCUUUAUCGAACCGACUAUAGCCCGGUGGAUGGCGGAUACAAUGCAGGCCAAGGGAUGGGAAAUUGGAAUGGUGUGGCUGCCUGCCUUCUUUCCACAUGUUCUCGGCGUAUAUCUGACAGUAAGAUUAGCAAAAACCUACCCAAAUAAGCAGUGGAUUCUUACAGCUGCUGGUUUGACUAUGGAGGGAAUUAGUUGUUUAGUUCUACCAUUCUGUACGAACUUUUUUGCCGUUAUUGUACCUUUGAGUGUUUGCUGUUUUGGAAUUGCGCUAAUCGAUACUUCCGUUUUGCCGAUGCUCGGUUUUCUCGUCGAUAAUCGUCAUGUAUCCGUUUAUGGUUCCAUUUACGCAAUAGCUGAUAUAUCAUAUUCUCUUGCAUAUGCUUUUGGCCCCAUAGUGGCAGGUGGAAUUGUUAGAACUAUCGGCUUUACCUGGCUAAACGUUGGUAUUUUCUUCUCCAAUAUACUAUACGUCCCAAUACUCCUACUUUUGCGCAAUGUAUACGAUUAUAAGCAAUUCGAAAAUGAAGGUGCCGUUCUAGUAACUGCUACGCCUGGAACUGGGCCAGAUGUCGAUUACAAGACUUAUAUUGUAAAUGAUGAAAAGGAGGUUCCGAAUGGAACAAUGAAUCAUCUUAAACUAGACACAAAUGCUCCUCCACCUUCCUAUGGUAGUGUCUCCAAUGCACCUCCUCCGGCAAGGCCUCCCCCACCGACUGUCGGAGCAGAAUCAAGGAAUAGUUUGGGAGAUUUGGUUGAUUUGAACGAUCGUACAGACUUGAAAUAAAAAGUUCUACAGAUUAUCGAAUACUACAGUUCCAAAUAUUCCCUUUUUUCCCUUAUAGCGGCCAGCAGAUGUAUUCUCUAUAUACCAGCCAUUUAGUUCAAUUAUAAUAAGAGAUAACUUUGUUUUAGUUAACUAAUCUAAAUUUUGUUUUCUUGUGACAAGAUAAUUAAUAUUCGAAAAGUAUAUUAAUACUAUAGGCUUUAUAGUUGACGUUUUAAGCAUUUUUAACUUAUUAUAACCUAUCCUUUCUUCCUCUUUUCGCACUACUUUUUUCCCUUCAAAACAAAUCGUGUGUGCAAGGCAAUACUCUGUAAAUAGGAAAUAUUAAUUGUCAUAAUGUUGUUUAAUUAUUCUAUAUAAAUAUGAGGAAAAACAAAAAGAUAAAAACGUAAAAAAUUACUUGUAAAUAUGAUUUAUUAGGAAAUUACCUGAUAUAAAUAAACCAUGUGUAUAUGUUAAAGCACGUUUAAUUAUUUUUAAAUAAAUAUUAUAAGU